AUGAGGGUCUUGCUUUCCGUCCUGGGAGUCCUCAUCUUGUUGUCUGUCGUCCCCCCAGCCAGAAAUUUUUUUUCUAGGACUGGCUGUUCUACAGGAUUCUAUAAUUGCAGGAUGGCUUGCAAAAAAAAUGAAUAUGCAGUUCGAUAUUGUAAGAACUGGACAAUCUGCUGCAAGAUAAAGAAGUCUCAAUUACUUAAGGAAAAAAAGGUGGUGACAAAUCUCAUGCUAUCUUCUUCAGACCCCAAGAAAAGAAACUGA